AUGUGUGAACCUCCUAUAAUAUAUGGAAUAGAUUUACCUGCACGAUGUUUAAUUUCACUUCCUUCUGAAAAUGAUCAAAAUUUCUUUCUAGUGGGAACACAUGGUGUGAGAAAUAAAAAUGAAUUACAUGUUUUAUUAUAUGAUGAGGAAGUUGAGAGAGUCUCCACAACUUCAUGUAUUUUUGAUAGGGGAGAGAUAAAAGAAAUGGCAGCAAAUAAUGGUAAUCAUGUUGCUAUUGGAAUAUCAAGUGUUUCUAAAAAUAAAGUAAUUGGUAGUGUUGAGAUUUGGGAACAUGAACUUAGUGGAGAUGAUAAAAUAAAGUAUUCUACAAAAAUAGAUGUACUUGAUAAUUCAGAUAAUCAACCAAAAAUAAUAGAAAGUGUCAAUUGGAGUUCUGAUAAUUUGUUAGUUGCUUAUGAUAAUUUUAUUCAAAUAUUUAAUAUUUCUGAUAAUUGUAAAAGUAAUCAAAAGCCUUCUGAAUUUUGUCAACGUGUCCUUUAUUCAGCUUUUGAUCCAUUUUCAUUGUGUAAUGUUGCUUUUGCUUCCUCUGAAUCUCAUCUAUCUCGUUGGGAUUUACGUGAAAAUGGGUUAGAAGAUAUUUUUGUAAAUAAUAAUGUAACAAGAAUAAGAACAUUUGAUUUUAAUCCUAAUAAUCAGUAUUAUGUAGCUUUAGGUUGUGAUGAUGGAAAAAUUAUAAUAUUAGAUACAAGAAAUACUUAUAAAAUUUUAAAUUCAUAUAAUAAUCACUGUCAUUGGAUUCAAUGCGUAAAAUAUAAUCCUGUGCAUGAUCAACUAUUACUUACUACAGGAAGUGACAAUUUAGUUUGUCUACACAAUUCUAUCUUAGAUGAAAAUAAAAGUUUUGAUGACUCAAAUGAAACUAGUAGUUUUUCAAAAAGUAUUCCUGAUGGUUUAAUUACUAGACUAGUUGAUCACGAAGAUUCUGUUUAUUCAUGUGCAUGGGGAUGUGCGGAUUCAUGGAUAUUUGGAACAUUAAGUUAUGACGGUAGAGUUAAUAUUUAUCGUAUUAAUCGAGAUAUAAAAUAUAAUAUUAUGAAUUUAUAA